AUGGAGGACAAGGUGUCGCUGCGCCCGUCCUUCUUUACUCGGGUUAACGGCUCGCGCAUGCACUUCUUCGCCGUCUUUGACGGCCACGGUGGCCCCGAGGUGUCUGCGCUGUGCAGGGACCAUAUGCACGCAAUCCGUGAGGACGAGCUGGCCCGCGCAUCCGCAGCCUACCGAAAGGAGACCCAGCAGCACGUAGAGGCGGAGGAUCGCGCCUGGAAGGCCACACUGACACGGAGCUUCGCGCAGGCGGACGAGCUGCGGGCGUCGGCGGUGCCCCAGGGCACCAUAGGUGGGUCCACGGCCAUGGUGGCGCUCUUGGUCCGCGGUCGCAUCAUCGUGGCCAAAUGCGGCGACUCUCGCGCCGUGCUCUGCCAUGCCGGCCGCGCCAUCCCGCUCUCCCAGGACCACAGCGUUGAUGAACUCAAAAAAUCUGAGGAAAAGCUCACCCAGGAGAACACCCAGAUACUCCUUCACAUGGGUGAUCUCAAGAAGGGACAUGAGAAGCUCACAUCACGGAGGGAUGAGUUAAAGAUUCAGAUUGCUGAACUAUUGAAGUCAGAGGAGAAGAACAAGCAGAAAUUGAAGGGGAUCCUGGACAUCUUGUCAGAAUGA